UCCAUUUAAUUCAUUGUUAAAAAAAAUCGAUAUUAACGUUUACUGUGGGAGACAGUAUGCAAUGCCCGAGUAGAAGAACGCUGCCUGAAUUUCAUAAUAAAGGACGAUAAGGAUUAAUUACGAUUCAUAGGUUCUAUGGCAUAUUCCACAAAAAGCAUCAGUUUCCUGAGAUUGAGUACUCUCCUUCUGGAUCCGGGUACCAGAGUCGUUUGCCGGAAACUAGACUUAAAGAUUACAGACACUGGACUAACAUUUGUGCAAUUCAUAAACAACAGAAAGCAUGACCUUUUUCAUCUUUACAAGAAUUUGUUAUGUUGCUCAUGCAGCUUUACAAAUAGAAGGGUUUCUGGUGGGAAAAUUGUCAUUACUGCUAAACAAUGGCAACACAUUUUCAUUCGAAGCAGAACAAAAUGCAACAGUCGGAAACAAGAAUGUAGUUGUUUGUAUGACGCAAAUCCAAACGCAAAAGUAGAAGAUCUGGACAUUUCCUUUUGUGUCUGUUUACUCAUUCAUUUGUGUCCACUUUCCCCAGCUGAAGAACAGGAUCUGAAAAAUUUACGUGAUCAAAGAAACGAUUAUUUUGCACAUGCCAAAACACCCAAAGUAGAUACGAAAAAUUUCAGUAAGAUGUUUCAAAAAGUUACCUCUGCAAUAGAAAGUAUAGCAUAUUCAUGUGGACAUGGCACAUGGAAAGAGUUCACAGAAAUAAUUCAACAAAUCAAAAAAGACCCUGUCCUCGACCAAGAUUGCUUAAAGAUUUCUAAUCUUUCUUUGCUUUACCAAUCAAAUGAAUUCACCCAAGAAGAAAUUCAAGAGAUCAAAAGUUCCAUGGAACGGUCACAAGAUAAAUUAAAUGAGAUGCACAGAGAUGUCACUGAAAUAAAGGAAAUGCUGCAAACUCAAAGUGUAAUACCUAGAUGUAUGAUUCAGAAGACCAAUGAUGUUGUUGCAAAUCAACCAGAAACCCAAAAAGCAUCAAUGGAGAUGCGUAAAGCGAAACAAUUAGAUUCGAAAGAUGAUUCCAGUCACUCUGUAAAGCACAGAACAAAAACAAGACCAUGUUAUGUCAAACGUGAGAGCAGUAGAACACUGCCUGCAAGAAUAAAGGACCAGGGUAUUAUACCAGGUUCCCUCAAUGACGAAAAAGCUAUAUGUUUUGACGACUUGAAAUCAGAGGAACAACAUUUACUAUCACGUUUUAUCGAGGAAUGCAAAACUGGAGAUCCUCAGCAGGUGUCAUCGAUUGCAAAUGACUUACCACAGGAUUGUAAAUUGAUACACAUAAGGGAUCAAAUCGGAUACCGUGCUAUUCAUCAUGCUGCACACAGAAAUGGAACCGAAGCGCUUGAUAUUAUUAAAGAAUUGAUUUCUCGUGGUGCAAAACCCAUUGAUACAACAUCUGAUGGAAUGACAAUCUUGCAUAUUGCCUGUAAAACUGGGAAUUUAAAGAUUUGUGAAUUUUUCAUUCAAAUGUCAGAAGAUCCUGAAAUAUUGAAUCAAGAAGACACAAAUGGAUGGAAUGGCCUUCUCUAUGCUGCAUGUUUUGGACACACUGACAUUGUAAAGUUCCUGGCGAGUCAAUAUCGGAAGGUGAAUUUAAAAUCCUCACAAACCAACGUCAAUAUUCUUCACCUUGCUUGCCUGGGUUGUCACAUUGAAACAUGCAAGUACAUAAUGAGAACAUUUCCUGAAAUUGUUCAUGAAGUGGACCAUGAGGGACGGACAGUGGCGCAUUACACAGCCCGCGGAGGAGAAACAAAAAUUAUGAAUGAAGUUCUGAAAAGAUUUCGGAAGACACGAAAACAAUUUCAGAGACCAUCGAAAGGUAACAGAAAUCCACUACAUAUUGCCUGUUUAUAUGGUAACGUUGAAAUGUGUAGAAAAAUCAUUUCAAAGUUUCCAUUCAUGCUUCAUGAGACAGAUGAUGAAGGCUUACACGCAGUUCACUACGCAGCAGUAGGGGGUCAUGUUAAAGUGAUGGAACUGUUGAUGGAAUUUCUUCGUGAUAAAAUACAAGAUUUCUGUAUAUCAGCGACACGUGAUAUUAAUAUUUUGCAAAUGGCAUGCGUUUAUGGCAAAAUCAAAAUGUGGUGUUUCAUUACUGAAAAGUUUCCAAAGUUAAUUUCUGCACAGAAUACAGAUGGAUGGACGAUUAUUCACGACGCUGCCCGAUCAGGAAAUGUAGCUGUCUUGAAAAUACUGGCAGACGACAAAAAAUUGGAUUUAGAUAGUAUUACAGAUUCGUUAGAGAGAACAGCUUUGCACAUUGGAUGUCUAUAUGGAAAAUAUGAAGUUUGCGAGUUCCUCGUUUCAAAAUAUCCAAGCAUGAUGAAUAUGAAGGAUGUCGAUGGCUGCCGACCAGUUGUUCUAGCUGCUGCGGGAGGAAAUCUCGAUAUCUUAAAGCUUCUUCUAGAGAAUGAUUCAGAGACCCCUGUCACCAAUACCAGUCAGUUUACCAUAUUACAUGCGGCUUAUCUUUCGUCUAGUUAUCCGAUUAUCAAUUUCAUCGAAGAAAAAUACCCUGAGCUUAAAACGAAAAAGGACCAAUAUGGAAGAACGCCUAUUGACAUUGGUAAUAGCGUUGAAAACUUUGAAAUGAAAUGCUUACCCACAGAAUCUGCCAGAAGCAAGCUGUCAAAGACAGAUGAAAGCACUUACAUCUAAUCCACUAGAAUGUCUAUUCCGCAAGGUCGAACGAUAUGUUUAUCAUUUUUAUCAUAAUACGUUUUUUACAGUUAGCGAAUAUGUAACAUUCAAACAAUCCAUAUUUGUAGCCGAUAUUAUGCAUGUAUUGAAUGAAAUAGUAUUUGAAAUUGCAAUUUGAUAUACAAAAUAAAGAUGACGAACGGUAAUCGAUCUCACGAAUCCUAAAAAGAAUACAACAUUAAAAGAUCAAACACGAAAUCCUAGAAACACUAGAUACGAAAUCAGGUGAAUGGGAGGAAUAAGCAUCCUCUGACACGGACCCCUGGAUAUACCAGAGGUGGGGUCAGGUGCCUAGGAGGAGUAAACAUCCUCUGUCGACCGGUCACACCCGCUGUGAGCCUUAUAUCUUGAUCAGGUAAUCGGCUUUUAUAUCUUGAUUAGAUGAGCAGUGUAAUAUAUAGUAAAACUAUAUACGGGUAUGUAAAGAACAGUUGAAAUUGGGAACAAACCACGUCAGACAGUCUUAGAGCUAACAGGUUGUAUUUAUAAUUUAAAUCAUUGUAACGACCAUACAUGUAUAUAUCGCAUGUACGUUAAGGCUGGUUAUAAAAAUAUUUGCUGGAAUAAAAUCAGUAAAACAAUAAGACAUCACAAUUGCAGUAUGUAUAUCAAUAACAUAAUGAUUAUUAAAGUCCAGUUUUAUUUUCAAGUAUUAUUUAUUUAUGCAUAAGAUAAAUCAUGCUGCUACUAAGAUCCAAAGAAAUACGAAAUGAUCAACGAUCUCGUUUAUUACUAUCUAUUUUGUAUUGCUUAUAAGAGUUAUGAGAUUGAUCACUGUUCGUUAUCUUCACUUUUCAUUGAUAGGUUGUAAUGGCAAACUAGAUCGUUAUAACGACCAUAGAUUUUGCGAAAUGCUGACUUCGAUCGAGACGUUUGAAACCCCUGUACCAUCAAUUUGUUUGUCAGUAGCCUGUCUAUGUGAGACUUAUUUAUCUCAACCUGUUGACCAAGACUCACGGUGGGUGUGACCGGUCGACAGAGGAAGCUUAUCACUCCUAGGCAGCUGUCCAGAUGUCCUUGUUUGCCCAACUAUCUAUUUUGUAUUGCUUAUAUGAGUCAUUGGAUUAAUCACUGUUCGUUGCCUUCGCCUUUCAACCGCCGCGGUGGCCUAGAGGUUAGAGCGUUAUCCCCGGAUGCGGAAGGCCACGGUUCGAAUCCCGGUCGCGACAGACCUAAGUCGUUAAAAUAGGUAGUGACGGUUUCAUCGCCAAAUGCUCGGCAUCAGGUGUGAAUGACAUGGGUCCUCGGAGAUGACUUUAAAAACAGAUGUCCAGUGUCACAGUAGGUGUGGCACGCUAAAGAACCCUCACUGCUAAAGUGCCGAUCAAAGGUCUAAAUUUGAAGCCCUUCACCGGUCUUGGUGACGUCUCCAUAUGAGUUAAAAAUUAUCAAUUAGCAAGAAUCAAUCAAUCAAUAUUCGCCUUUCAUGAGAUUGAUCACUGUUCGUUAUUUUCACCUUUCAUACUGGUGUCGUGUAAUUUGUGUCUGAUCAAUAUGAAAGUAAACUGAUGACGUGAUAACUAUACAUCGAGUGACGAUGACACAUGUAAAUAUUGACAAAAUAUGAAGUGUUUGAAAUACGGUAUAAGCCAUGGGAUAUAUGGAAGAUAUAAAUGUGAAACACUGAUGAUUUAUUGAUAUUAUGAAUAUUCAUUCAUUGUCAAUUUUGAUUAACGGAUAAAACAUUCCAUUUAGGGUGUCAAUCCGAUUUUCCUGUCCUAAAUUGAAAUGAAAGUACAAUAGUAAGACACAACGUCGCAUACUUUGAGAGUCUCUUUAUAUACCGUAUGAAAGAUCAUAAACUAAUGUACACAGCAAUUACUGCUAGACAUGUCUGUUAUGAAAAUAUUCAAAGAAACCUGUAUAACAUCAGCGUAAAAUGUGAAACAUAGGCUAGAUGGUUUCGUAUUUAGACGUAUAAAGCAAUACAAACUGUAACUAAGGGUUUUUUUUUUCAACUAACCAAUUAUGCACCGAAUAACACCUGUCGGUACAACUUAUAUAAUCCCUAAUAUCGAAAGAAAAAUUCAGCAAAAUAAACCGCCAUUGCGUCGUAUACACGUCUAUGGGAACGAUGAUAGUUGAACAUUAAAUGGUUACCGAGACCGAGGUCAUACAAAGAAGGAGACUGGUGUGAGUAACUGCACGUCCGUAUUUCGCUUGUUUUAUCUAAAAUUAUGUCAUGAAUGUAAGAAAGUAAUUAGAUCACGCAAAGUGUCACUCAAAUGAUAUUCAAUCAACAAUGUUAUUAUAUUUGUUCUUUUAUUUUUCAAUUUAUUUACCGUCAGUUACAGCUUGUAUUGCUUUAAUGAUAAUUUCUUAAUGAAAGAUCCCGUGGGGAUCCGGGUUAGAAUAGGUCCCUAGUACCCCUUGCUUGUCGUAAGAGGCGACUAAAUGGGGCGGUCCUUCGGAUGAGACUGCAGAAACCGAGGUCCCGUGUCACAGUAGGUGUGGCACGAUAAAGAGCCCUCCCUGCUCCCAUAAGCGCCGAGCAUAGGCCUAAAUUUUGCAGCCCUUCACCGGCAGUGGUGACGUCUCCAUAUGAGUGAAAUAUUCUCGGGAGGGACGUAAAACAAUAUUCAAUCAAUCAAUUUUAAUGAAAGCGGUAGGAUUCUAGCAGUACGUUUAAUAGACAAUGGGUGUUUAGAUCAAUGUUUAAAUCAUAGGGUAGUGUGUUACUUUUCCAUUUUCUAUUAAGGUACAUUUGUGAUCUCUUUAUAACAAGCCAUGUAAUGACAUCAUACAUGUACGGAAGCGCGUGCUUGUCAUGUUGUUAUGAUACAAAAUGUUCUCAUAAACAACCAAAAUAGUUUGUGAAAGUUGGUAGCUCCUUCUCUCUGUGUAAGACAGAUUUUAACAACUGUGCAGUUUCCGUGAAUAAAUGGAGUAUGACCUGCUCUACCAUACCCAUGAUCAUUUUAAAAGCUCAUAAUUUGCAUAGAAUUCUUUGCUACAUGUAUGUUAAAUGUCAAUGUACAAUUUACAUGAAAUAGCAAACAAUGUUAUUAUUGUUUUAGUGCAUACUUCAUUGAAAUCGAAUCGAAUUGUUUAUCGAAUGUUGUGUUCAUCUUUGAUUUAUCGAUUACUAUCUGUAAUCCAUUAGUUCGUACUAACAUUUUAUAUGCACAAUCAAAUAAAGGUAUUGAUUUUGCUUC